UUGGGGGUUAGGGUUCUUUUUUCCGUUAACUUGUGAUUGAGAUGGCGGCAAGAUUAUUCCUCAAAAAGAUUACUGGGAAUCCACAAGCAUGUUCAAUGAAUGGUAUUUGUCGAUCCCCUGGAAUAGACAAAAGAACUACGCUAUCUUGCUUUCUGUCUCCUGGAAUGGUGAAUACAACACCACAAGAUAGAGGAUGUUUGCUGAAUAACAAGCCUGGAGCGGCCAAAGAUGGAUAUGUUGAGUUGUGGAAUAACGAGCAUCAAGUGGAGAAGCAGAAACUACUCCUACCUUGCUUUGCAGCAACAAAAGAUAGAGGAUAUGUUGAGCUUGUAGUGGAGCAGCAGAUCAGACUCGCUGAAUUAGUCAAGAAAACAACUAACAAGCUUCAAGUGGAGCAGCAGCGACUCCUACUACAAAAGGUACAGCUACAGAAAUGGAUGAAAAACUUCAAGGGAUCACUAUUAUCUAUCCAGGACCACCAUGAGUUAGGAGGAGAAGAAAUUCUUAAGUUCAUAAUUACAAGACCUUUUCAGAAUUCACUAUCAAAAUUCUCCACGAGAUCACAGCUAUCUCUCCAGCAGCGUCCUGGUCCUUAUAAUUUACCAAGACAAGCAGUGGAAGGGGUGGUAUGUAUUACCACCAAGGAUGCAUUUCGCUUGCACAACACUACCACUGGUGAUUCAUCACCUUGGAUUGAUAUUACAGCCACUCGGGAAGGGCGCCAAGUUGAGUCCAUUGCGUUAGGAUUUGAUCCACAAAGCAAGCAACAUAAAGUCGUAUGCAUAUCAAGUUAUGUGCCUGCUCGUGAAACUACUCGAACAGAGUAUGUGGUUGUGGAGGUCUUGAAUGUUCAUCAUGGUACAUGGACUAAGGGUCAACACAAAUGGAGAAAGCUCAAGGAUGGUGCUCAUCUCCCAAGAGCCUACUGUGAAGGAAAGAGGAUUGCCUUUCUGGAUGGUCCUGUUCAUGUGGAUGGUAGGAUACAUUGGCUGAUCAAAAAUAGGAAAUCAAUUGAGUGGAUACUUAAUUUUAAUGUUAAAGCGGAAACCUUCAUAUUCACUCCAUUAACUAUACCUAGACAAGGGUUUGGGGAUAUUUCUGGACAAUAUCGACUCAUGCUAAUGAUAGUCGAUGGGAAAAUAGCUCUUUUAAAGAGUAUAACAACAGAUCAGAAAGUUUCUUCUCUUUGGAUAUGUCACCGUACAAGUAAAUGUGGCAAUAAUCAAUGCUCCGAUAUUAAAUGGACGAAAGAGGAGAAUGCAGAUUUCUGAAAGAGUUCUGUGAAUUGUUUUACUUGUGACGAGAACUUUGGAUGAUUUGGUCGACGGAAUAGAUUUAUGUACCAGUGUGACGCAGUCCUGAAUCUUUAUCGGAAUUCCACAAUAACUUGAAACCCGUGGAGAACAGAGCAAAAAGCAAAGCAUAACAGAAUAAGUUAUCGUGGUUGCUGGCUGGCUAUGAAAGAGGUAAGGAACUUAUUCUAUGCGAAGUCCUAUUUUUUAAUUGUAUCGGUAUAUUGGAUUCUGGUUGUAC